GGUUUGGUUGAAGCUUAAUGUAAAUCAAGUUGAUUUUUUAUUCAAAGCUGUUGUAGACUUCUAGUUAUUUCCAUUUCCGUAAAUAAUGAGCUUGUCCAAGAAAGGAUCCUUUACCAACGACACCAAACUAAGCACUGCAAACAAGGCAACUGCAUUGAAUCCCAAUGCAGCAGAGUUUGUUCCCUUUUCCCUCAGAUCCCCGUCAUCUGGAAGCACCAGCGCACUCAGGCCACAACAAAGUUCUUCUUCUGGAACAUUUGGAAAAGCAGUACUAGAUCGAACAGAAUCUUCCACAUCAAAUAAUUCCGAUGAUGAGGCGCACCAAUAUUGGCGCCACCAGCUCCCUGAUGAUAUUACCCCUGACUUUAAGGUCAUGGGAGAAGAUGAGUCGCAAGGCCUUGGGAACCUCUCUUUAGCGGGUUUGUCCUUACACGAAGAUGUUGAAGCAACACGGUUUCCUGCCUCUACGGGCAGUGGAUACUUAUUAAACGAGUCACAUAUUAAUGGCAAUAGCUUUUCUGAAAAGUUGAGAGCUUCUGCACCUCCCUUUGGGGGGGAGGAUCUUUCAUCGGCCAGUUUCCUUCAUAUGUCACCUAAGCCUUGGGAUAAGCAGAUUCUGAACAGCAAUCAGUUUGUCAGCAAUGGUCAGGAGGAGUAUCCGUAUGAUGGCAUGUCUAGACACGGGUUCAUGAAUGAUAUGUUGGGUGAGCAUGCAAUCGUGGAAGGUGCGGAUAUUAACCCUGCUGAGUUUUUGGCUUCACAGUUCCCCGGCUUUUCUGCUCAGAGCCUUGCUGAAGUUUACUUUGCCAAUGGUUGUGACUUGAACCUGACUGUUGAGAUGUUAACUCAGUUGGAGCUUCAAGUUGAUGGUGGUUUUAAUGAGAAUCUGAACUCAAAGACCUUGUCAGUUCCCGAUCUUAGCUCAAUGGACUUCCCUGCACUUACACCAACAGAUGGUCAGCAUGGUCAUUCAAAAUAUGCCGGAGAUGAUGAUUUCCAAAGCGGCAAUCCUUAUCGAUCUUCUGACAAGGACAACAUGCUUUUGUUCAAGUCUAGCUCAUCAAUUCCUACUAGAGGUGCAAUAGAUUUUGCUUCAGCUGUCAGGAAAUUGGCGACCCAGGAUUCUGGAUGGAAGUAUGAGAGAAACGGUUCUGCUGAUGCUGCUAUUGGCUCAAGCAGACGUUCCCAGCUUUUGAAUAGCACUUACAGUACUGGACAUGGAAGAGGCAUGUACAGCGACAGGUCACAGAAUCGUGGUUCACCUCGGACUGCGCCUGUUUGGCUUGAAACUGGAGAUGCAGUUGCAAAUAUGUAUUCUGAUCUGCGGGAUGAAGCUCGGGACCAUGCACGCCUACGUAAUGCAUACUUUGAGCAGGCACGGCAAGCAUACCUUGUUGGAAACAAGGCUCUAGCAAAGGAGCUGAGCGUUAAAGGACAGCUGCACAACAUGCAUAUGAAGGAAGCUCAUGAAAAAGCUCAAGAGUCUAUAUAUCGUCAGAGGAACCCAGUUUCUCCAGAGAUGCAGGGCAAUGGGAGGUCACAAGAGAGGAUGAUAGACCUGCACGGGCUGCAUGUAAGUGAAGCCCUUCAUGUCCUGAAGCACGAGCUGAGCGUGUUGAGGAACGCUGCCAGAGCAGGAGAGCCUGGUAUUCUGGUUUAUAUAUGUGUGGGAACUGGCCACCACACCAGGGGCUCUCGCACACCGGCAAGGCUCCCAAUAGCUGUACAGCGAUACCUACUCGAAGAAGAAGGCAUUGACUACACUGAACCACAGCCAGGGCUGCUCCGAAUUCUGUUAUACUGAGCCACGAAGAUGACGUGUGAGGUAUAGUUUUUUAGCACAGCACAGUCCGUGAAGCCGUAGUCGUCAUAGCGAUUCUUGUAUCUGUACAUGGGAAGAAAACAAGUUUAGUCCAAGUCUGAAAAACGAAAAAAACAAAACAACAAAGAGAAGGAUCGGAAAUUUAGAGGGAAAAAUUCCGACAAAACGAAAAGAAAAAAAAAAAAGUUGGAGUAGUUGAUCGAGGGAUUACGUUUUCUGUAGCCAAAAUGAUCCUAAAUCUUUUGCCUUUUUUGUAUCUUAAAAUUUUAUUUCUUUGUUAAAUUCCUUUUUGAUCCUCAGAUGUAACUGAUAGAAUUGAAUUACAUGAUAGAACAAUUCACCUUGCCAGUUAUACCCUGUGCCAUUCUGAAUGAAACUACAUGUUUCCCCAU